UCGCGAAGAGUGUGUUCGGUUCCGCUCUCACAUCCAGGAGCUCAGAGUGACUGCGCAUGAAGGCAUCGGUUGAUCAUGGAAAGCUCAGGUAGAGAAAGCGUCCAUGUACCCAAAAUCGAAAUAUGUGAUUCCCCGAGUCGUGACAUGAUCCAGGAAAUUUGCUGCUUCGUCAACAGCGAGGCCGACUGGAAUCAAACGGUUUUCGAUCUUGAAGUAGCAGACGGAACCUUUGCGGUUGCGCGGAAUACCAAUAACGAGAUUAUCGGUGUGUCGAGUAGUCACGCCCUUUCUCCUCGCAACCUCUGGCUUGGAAACGUCUGUGUCGCUAAAACUGCCAGACGCUCAGGCCUUGCUUCCAGGUUGGUGAAUUCGCUAUUUGAUGUGGCAGCUGAGCAAAGGAUCCGUUCACACAUCGUCCUGCUUGCCUCCAAACUCGGUGAGGGUGUCUACCGACGCCUCGGGUUUAGAGACGUUCGAAGUGUCGCUGUCGCGAGCUACAGAAGGACAAGUCUGCCACUUCCGAAUUUCUCUACUACAGUAGCCGGUCGUCCAACUGCACAAGAACACGACGAUGCCAUCCGCCUUGAAGGAGAGAUAGGCGGCAGCUCUCGCAAGGAACUUCUUCGAAAACUCUUCGAAAAAGAUAAUCUCUGCGCUGUCGCCAAGACGGAUUCGUCAGUCGUUGCUGCCGCCUGGGGUCGGUACAAGGCACCUACCCCAUCGACAAACGAGAUCACGCUACAUGUGGGCCCUGUCGUGGCGAAAACGCCCGACCUCGCCAUGCGUGUCGUAGCGGAGCUCCUCCGGAUGGCUCGCGCUGAUGAUGCUUGUGCGUCAACUUCGCUCCCGCGAGCAUCUGCUCUCGUCGUCCGCAUUGGGGACAAUAAGGCAAGUGAACAAGUCUUUGAAUCUCUCGGUUUUGAGAAGGCAAUCGACGCGCCAUAUUUACAAAAAAGCAUUCACGAUGGUGCCGAUCCGUCCCCUCGAGAUGUGGAUUUGGCAUGCGCAACGGAUCAGUGUUACGCGACGAUGUGGUGGGAUAUCGCUUAAAAACCCCUUCUUCUUGUCUCGUUAUGAUACAGCAAAUGCUUCGUCUUAGGACCCUUAGCCUAACCAAGUUACCUUGUCUUCGCCCUGAGGACAAGUGUUGGUGCAUGUCAACCAAUGCGACUUUACCCAAAUAUGCAAUACUGUACUCGUCUUGACCGUGUGAAAUUUUUAGGCGGCGGUUUGGCAGGACUGCUUCCACACGGCUAUCCUGAAUGCGACGUACACUGUGUUGACCGCAUCGCCGGAAUCACGUCAAGCUACCCUUUCCCGCGACACAGCUCGGUACACGUAAUUUCAUCCCAAACUUCAUGGCUGAAAAUCAUGGUCCCCGGGAGAGGAUUCUGCAAAAGCUUCGGUAGCCUCAAAGACCUUUGUCAUCUCAAACCUCUUCUCAAAAUUGCGGAUCAAGUAGCCUGAAAGUAGACACCAAAACGUGAGCUGGGCAAGAUAAUCUCUGCUGGUGGAGUAGGUCAUCUGCACCUUGUUCGGGCUCAAUUCCCCCAGAACACUCUUGACAAUCUCCUUAAACGCGUCAAUAGCAUCCGGGCUGAGAUUGGCUUGGAGGGCGGCGAUCUUCUCUGGUGUAAGCGUGCGCAUGAAAUCCAAGAGCUUGUUAUUAUUCUGGUCAUGUGUCUGUGUGGCGGCCAGCCUCUCCCUGAGGAGUUCAUUCUCGGCCUCGAGCUUCGUGACAUAGUCAAUGGCCUUCAUCUCCUGCUUGGCCUCCCUCUCAGUAUCCCACCAUCUGACCUUGCCAUCAACAGCGGCCACAUCAGCCUUGCCUCUUCUCGGGACGCCCUUCAUAUAAUCAGUCUCUGCGGCAAACAAG